AUGGGUCGGGAUAUCCCGGGAGCGUGUGUGGGACCCUGUGGGACCCCGGGGGAAGAUCAACCAACGCACUCCUGUUCGAGGAACACACUCAAAUACCUUGGAGAACUGAUGUUGGACCACGUUCAUAUCUUCCAUCGAGGUGGACUCGUGCUUUGGUCCAAAUCAUUCGUCCCCACCCCAUCUCCCAUACGAACGUUAAUUGGAGAUGGUUUGAUCGGGGAGCAAUCGUCAGGCCUUAAUGACCUCAUGGUCAUGCAGAUCGGGAGCUAUUCUCUCCAAUGGAAUUUUUCCAAUGAAUUUGGCUUGAUUUUCGUUGUAGCUUAUCAGCGGAUCUUGCAACUCACGUAUAUUACUGACUUGCUUGAAUCUAUGAAAUCACUCUUCACCUCUUUGUACGGCUCAAUUCUCGACACUACAUUCAACUCGUGGAUCGUCCCUGAGACCGGAUUGACCGAAGGAUUCAAAGAUCUAUUCAAAGGAUGGGAUCAAUCAUUUCAUAAGUUAUUGAAAGAUAUCGAGCGGAUGUCCGAUCGAAGAAGGGGUGGGAUUGAUUUUCAAAAAACAAGUGGAUUAGAUAAAAGGGCUGCUCAACGACAAGCAGAGGAACAGCAACUCGUUGAUGACCAAAAACCUACGGCUCUCACGACCGCCACUGAUGCGGAAACAAUUGCCAGAAACAUAGCCGCGCUGAAAGCAAGAAAGAAACCCAACAAAUCCUCUACCAGUCGAGCGACUUCUCGAUCUGGUACAGACACUGAUACUGCGCCGGCAGGCAAACCACAAACUACGAACAAAAAAACGGCCAGAAAGUGGGACAAUGGAAGAAUCACAGCAAACGACAUCGCCGAAUAUGAUUUUAGUGAGAAAGAUGCUCACCUGGACGAUUCGAAAACGUUGUCAUCGAACUUUAUUGAUAAAAUGUCAAUGGGCACUCGUAAUCAGAAAGGAUUGUAUGAAGUUGCCGAUUUUGACCGAAGUCGACCUGACCAGAAAUCCGAAGAAGAUAAAUCACAACCCACUCUAUUUUCCAAGAUCAUCUCAUCCAUUCCGAUCUUUGGUGGACAGAAAUCAGGCCCAAUCACCUUGCGCGAGGAGGAUGUCAAGCCGAUGAUUGAACAAAUUCAACUCCAACUAAUGAAGAAAAAUGUGGCUCGUGAGAUUGCUGUGAGGAUUUGUGAGCGGAUCCAAGUGGAAUUGAUCGGGCAAAAACUAUCGGACCGAUCGACGACCGCCCUCAAAAAAUUAAUCAACCACAGUUUAGAGAUCAGCUUAACGAAAAUUCUCACACCAAAAACGAGCGUAGAUAUUUUGGCUGAUAUCCAUCAAAAGCAAGAUCGGCAAAAACAGAUGAACUUGUCUCAGCUUAGCGGUGGUACUUCUACCGCUCCAUAUGUGAUGACCUUCGUGGGUGUAAAUGGAGUCGGAAAAUCGACCAACUUGUCUAAGGUCGCCUUCUGGUUACUCCAGAAUCGCCUACGAGUAUUGAUCGCGGCAUGUGAUACUUUUAGAUCUGGAGCAGUGGAACAACUAAGAACUCAUGUCCGAAAUCUUGGCAAACUCGAUGGCGCGAUUGAACACCAAUCUCCUAAUUCAAACCACGAAGAACGUAAAAUGAUCGAGUUGUUUGAGAAGGGCUACGGAAAGGACGCUGCCGGUAUAGCCAAAGAAGCUAUCCAAUACGCUAAGAACGAUGGAUUCGAUGUGGUACUGAUCGAUACAGCUGGCAGAAUGCAAGACAACGAACCAUUAAUGAGGGCGCUUGGAAAGCUUGUGGUAGUCAAUCAACCAGACAAAAUAUUGUUUGUUGGAGAGGCAUUGGUUGGCAAUGAAGCAGUUGAUCAACUAGGCAAAUUCGAUAAAUCUUUGAAGACUUUCAGUGGACUGGAUUCUCACCUUCCUCGUGGCAUAGAUGGCAUCAUUUUGACCAAGUUUGAUACGAUCGAUGACAAGGUUGGAGCUGCUUUAUCGAUGACCUAUACUAUCAACCAGCCAAUCCUUUUCGUUGGCACCGGGCAAACUUAUACCGAUUUGAAAAACCUUAAAGUCAACCAUGUCGUGAAUGCCCUGAUGAGAUAAAUCUCUUGGCUCAUCCACACAUAUGUAUUUUUUUUCUGCUACAUAGAUGCAAUUUUAUUGCAAGUUUUUCACUGUGUUCAAAAUCGCAAUCGACUUUCGACCAAUUUUGCAUUUGAUGUAAUUGUGUGUAAAUGACUUGAAAGCUGAGAGGGUGCUUGGUUUAUAGUAUACGCAUGUCUGGAUGUGAUGGAAUUCAAGAGAUUCUGUUACUGGCAGGGUGGGGAGGGAUUGAAAUAUUUGCAGGGGAUUUUUAUUUAUUUUCAAGUUGAUGAGGGAUUAAAACAUUUGCAGAUGAAGCACAACACGG